UGCAUUUUUUUCUUCCAAGGAGCUUUCGGAUGGGGAAGGACAGAGUCCUUCUGAAGGCAGCCCGAACAAUGAAGCUAGAUACAUAGUAGCGGUUAUUGUUACGUUGGGAAGGGAGAAAAUGAUUAACUUUCAACAAGCUGGGCCGUGAUACCGGUUACGAAAUGAUCUUGCAGCAUUUGCCUAGCUAGCUAUCGGCGAGCGAUUGUUAUUUGUACAGUAGCUAUCGAGCUACCUGCAAUUUAUUGAAUCGCGCUCUGAACUCCUGUCUGUAGUUUUGGGUGACCAGAUCGCACUCACUCAGCCCUAGAGAACGGGACCUGACCAGUAGCAUGGACUACGAGAGACCCAACGUUGAGACCAUUAAGUGUGUCGUGGUGGGGGACAACGCCGUAGGGAAGACACGGCUGAUCUGUGCCCGGGCCUGCAACACCACUCUGAACCAGUACCAACUACUGGCCACACACGUCCCUACGGUCUGGGCUAUAGACCAAUACAGAGUCUGUCAAGAGGUGUUAGAGCGCUCCAGGGAUGUGGUGGAUGAGGUCAGCGUGUCUCUCAGGUUGUGGGACACCUUCGGAGAUCACCAUAAAGACAGACGCUUCGCGUACGGAAGGUCUGAUGUGGUGGUGCUGUGUUUCUCCAUUGCCAACCCCAACUCUCUGCAUCAUGUCAAGACCAUGUGGCACAUGGAGAUCAAGCACUUCUGUCCCAGGACGCCUGUCAUCCUGGUGGGCUGUCAGCUGGACCUGCGCUAUGCUGACCUGGAGGCUGUGAACCGGGCCAGGAGGCCACUCGCCAGGCCUAUAAAGCCCGGAGACAUCCUUCCUCCAGAGAGUGGCCGGGAGGUGGCCAAGGAGCUGGGCAUCUCCUACUAUGAGACCAGUGUGUUCGACCAGUUUGGCAUCAAGGACGUCUUCGACAACGCCAUUCGAGCCGCGCUCAUCUCCCGCCGACACCUGCAGUUCUGGAAAUCCCACCUCCGGAAGGUCCAGAAGCCCCUCCUACAGGCGCCCUUCCUGCCGCCCAAAGCACCGCCCCCUCUCAUCAAGGUUCCAGAGUGUGUCAUCAACAACAGGGAGGGUCCUGGCCUCCUAUUGGACAGUCCUCUGUGUGCUGAUGUCAUGUUCAUCCUCCAGGACCACAUCCACGUCUUCGCCCACAGGAUCUACCUCUCCACCUCCUCCUCCAAGUUUUACGACCUGUUCCAGAUGGACUUCAGUGACGAGUCCCAGUGCCUGGUGGUGACGGAGCGGCAUGCCCGGGACUCUCUCCUCAGGACCCUGAGUCUGGACACAGAGGAGGACGUGGCUGUGCUCCCAAACCUCUCCCCCUGCUCCCUCCGGGCCUCUAAGAGCGACGGCACCCUGAAGAUGAUGAGCUUCUCUGGGAAGCACCGGCGCACCAAGCUGUCCUUGGCCUCCUGGAGCAAGGCCUUCUACAGCAUCCACAAGGAGAACGUGACCAACCCUGUGACGGGCUCCCCGGCCCACAUGACGGUGGUGAAGAUGGACUACUCCAUCCAGCUGGGUCCGUUCAGCGCCGUGUUGAGGUUCCUCUACACUGGGGAGCUGGAUGAAGAGGAGCAGGAUCUGAUGAAGAUCGCCCAGAUAGCGGAGGUCCUGGAGGUGUUUGACCUGAGGAUGAUGGUGGAAAACAUCAUGAACCGUGAGGGCUUCAUGAACCAGGAGAUCACCAAGGCCUUCCACGUCAGGAAAGCCAACCGCAUCAAGGAGUGUCUCAACAAGAACACCUUCACAGACGUCACCUUCAGGUUGGAGGAUGGAACCAUCAAUGCUCACAGACCUCUGCUCAUCUCCUCCUGUGAUUGGAUGGCUGCUGUGUUUGGUGGAUCCUUCAUGGAGAGCGCUAACAACGAGGUCUCGUUCCCGGGCACCAGCAGGGUGUGUAUGCAGGCUGUCCUGGAGUAUCUCUACACCAAUCAGCUGUGUCCCAUGGCAGAGCUGGACCCCAUGGAGCUGACGGCCCUGGCUAACAGACUCUGUCUCCCCAGACUGACUGCUCUGACAGAACACUACGCCGUGAGUGAGCUGGUGAAAGCCUCCAGAGACGGACAUGAUAUAGAUGGAGAGGUGCUGACCUAUCUGGAACUGGCUCAGUUCCAUAAUGCUAACCAGUUAGCAGCUUGGUGCUUACAUCACAUCUGCACCCACUACAACAAUGUCUGUGCCAACUACCGCAAAGAGAUCAAGGACAAAUCUGCAGAGAACCAGGAGUAUUUUGAGAAGCACCGCUGGCCCCCGGUGUGGUACCUGAAGGAGGAUGACCACUACCAGCGGGUGAGGAAGGAGAGGGAGAAGGAGGACGUGGUUCUCAACAAACACCACAGCAGACGACGUUGGUGCUUCUGGAGCACCUCCCCUGCCGUGGCCUGAGAGGAGGUCUGGGGAGGGUCGGCCUGAGAGGAGGUCUGGGGAGGGUCGGCCUGAGAGGAGGUCUGGGGAGGGUCGGCCUGAGAGGAGGUCUGGGGAGGGUCGGCCCAGCCCCAAACCGCCCAGGGAAUCUGCCUCCUGCCCCGUGCUCCAGCUUCUACCCCUGCACCCUGCAAAGAGGUCCCAACGACACACACUGUUCCCAUGUUUUACUGUUGGUUAUUUUGUGUCUUAAUGCUCAGAUCUAUCUGACGAUGCACUGUCCUGUCCUAACCUCUUCUCUUGACGAUGCACUGUCAUGUCCUGCCCUCUCUGCUUGGGUCCACAUGAAUAACCUCCACACGGCAGGGCUCUACAAAACGUCCAUUUUACUCCCAUAUGCGCCUAGAUAUUUUGCUGUGUGACCUGGAAUUUGUAUUUAGGAGCACCAGUGCACCUAGAAAAUGGAAGGAUUGUAGCUACGUUGUUCAACCUGUCAGCGUAGUGUGGUAUGUGCUUGCUGUUAGACAUGUAACAUUAUGGAUGUAAAUUGUGAUUGAUUGUUGACAUUAGCUGCAGUCACUGACACCAGCCCUGGAUCUAUGUCUGAAUCAUUAAUGAUGCAAUAAUAACUCUUAACCUGAUGAAACAUAUGGCCUGUUCAUACAUAGACAGGGCUUCAGGCAGCCUUGGAAUAACAACAAUAAUAAUAAUAUUAAGUAAUAUGCCAUUUAGCAGACGCUUUUAUCCAAAGCGACUUACAGUC